AUGGAUAGAUCGACUAUAGUGUUCCUACUAACGAUGGUGUGCUUGUUUGUUUACACCGUAAAGCGCAAGAGCGCUAAGCAAGUACCCUUGCGAACCGUGCAGGAUGCCAAACCGGCGCCCACGGCCGCCACCAAUAAUCCAUCUCCGGAACCAGUACCAUCAACUUCAGAAAAACGCGUCGCUCAGUUAAACAGACAUAGUGUUCACCGAAAGAGAGCCGUUAAUGACGACAUGGUUGAAAUCGUGAUGAUGAUGGCGCCGCAUGUGCCUCAGGAGAAAGUGGUGCAAGAUCUCAGGAACACAGGGUCCAUCGAGCGCACUAUGGAAAACAUCUUCGCUGGCAAACUAGAUUAG